AUGAGAACUGAACUAUCAUUUGUCGUCUUAUUUUGCUGUGCUGUUUUUACAUCGUGUGCGAUGAGCUUACAACAAGCUGGUAAGUUUGAGAAAAUUAAUUGAAAAAAAAAUUUUAGAGGCGGUCUCUACUGGGCUUGUUUCAAAGUUUUCGAAUAUUGAUAAAAUAUGUACUGGCUACAGUAACCCAGAAAUCUAGAAAAUUUAUGAUUCAACUGAAUCACAGCUUGAGAUCUUGUUUUUCUUAUAAAUUCAUAAAUUUGUACUAAAACUUUUGCAGAAAAAAAUAAGGUAUAUUUUGAAUGAGAUUAUACGAAAAUUUCUAUAACGAUAGUUUUUUGAGCGAAAAUCUCUUGGGGCUGUGACUUAUCAGAUAAACUCAAAUUCUGUCUCCUUUUUCCAACACUUCGGAUUAGCUCUCUAGAGAUAAAAGCUAUAACCCGGAAAUCUUAGCGGUGUGAACUUUAACUCAAAAUCAAGACUUCUUGAUUAUUACCACAAGGAUACUUUUCAUCUCAAGAAAUUUUGGGCAACUGAACUGAAAUCUGAGUAAUCAAAAAUGAUACCAAAGUUUCCUAUUCUCACAAUUAUUGUUUUUUUUUUCAAAAACGUCAUAAUUCUGAAAAACUUAAUUAUUUUCAUAUUUAUUUUUGUCUCGAUCGUAAAUAAUAAAAUAAAAAACAGUAGUCUAUAGAGGAAAUGAUGAGGAAAUCAGUGAAGAUAUAAACCUUUCACAAAAAGUAAUAAAUUUUAUGCGCUAGCUAGCGAUAAAACGAAAAUGAAUAGAUUAAAAAUAUCGAGUGCCGUUUUUUCUCGAACAAAAAAAACGGAAGAAUGUUUCAAACAACAUAGUUACCAUUGAAAAUUCUUUUGUUAUUUUUUUUAAGGAUUGUUUGGUUACAAAAAUCAAUUAUUCAUUUGUUCUUGAGAUCCAAUCAAUAUUUUCAGAUGGAAGAAUGAAAAUGUGCCCACCAGGUGGUUCAACUUUCACAAUUGCUUGGGGAAUGGCUUGUUCAAUGAGACGUAGGAAAAGAGAAAUAUUCCAACUCGGUUAGUUAUUCUUCAUCAUAAUUCUAUUAUUUUUAUUUUUAUACCAAUUACAAUUGUUAUUAUUCAUUUUUCCAAUAAUAACAACAGGGAUUCGAAAAUAAAAUUGUGCGAAAAAAAAAACAAAAGUUGUUGUUUUAGAGUCUAAUUUUAGCUCGCUUGCUAGUUGUAUUCCACCAAAAAAAACUACUUGAAUUUAUUCCUAUAAUAAGAACCAAAUUAAUGAGAAAUUCUGAUAGUUGAUGAAUAAUUCCUACGUAACAAAAUGACAUUUUUGUUAUUAAAAAAUAUAAAUUUCCGGAAUAAAUGUCAGGUUUUUUGUGUUUUUCAGAAAAACGUGCAUUGGUUGCUCCAUCAGUUCGACAACUUCAAACAAUUUGUUGUCAAGUUGGAUGUAAUAUCGAAGAUCUUAUUGCUUAUUGUUCGCCGAUCUGA